UAUAUAACUUUGCUGCAACGAAAUUUAUUGCAAGAACAAAUCAAACCCAAUUACCCAAAUUCAUUCACACACACUCUUGUUCUUAAAAUGCUUCUCUUUCUGGUUUCUUGUUUCACUUUUAUCAUCCUCUUUAAGUUUUCAUUCUUCAAACACUUGUUAAGAACAACCAUAAAAGCUGGUGUCACCACUUCAAACACACAAACUUUAGACAAAACUAGCAACAAAGACUCUCUUUGUUUAUUAGAUUUGCCAGAAUUGCCCUUGGAAUGCAUUCUUGUGAAGCUUUCCCCAUCUGGGUUAGCUAGUAUGUCAGGGGUAUGUAGGUCUUUUAGGGCCAUGUGCACCCAAGAUCAUCUAUGGAAGAAACAUCUGAACCAUAAAUGGAGUAAAUUCUUGAUUGGUGAUUCUAUGCAUCAAGAAUGGCAGACUUUCAUUCACACCAAAAAGAAGCAAACUUUCAUGGUUUCUUCAAAUGGAAAAGGGUAUUUUGGGGUUUUCACUACUUGGUGGAAUGAAUAUCUGAAGUUUAACAAUACCAGCAUUUGUUUGCCUAUUGAAUCAGUCAUGUUUUGGUAUCUAUCCCUUGAAAGUGGCAGUUUUUCUUUCCCUGCUCAAGUUUAUAACAGAGAGCAUGGAAAUGUUGGGUUUUUGUUAUCUUGUUAUGAUGCAAAAGUUAGCUACGACGCCCAUACCGACAGUUUCAACGCCAGAUAUUUGGCACUUGGUAGGUCAACAGUUGAGGAAAAUAUCAAAUGGGAAAGACUAAGAUCCCCUGCAGUUGAUGUUUCACCAUAUGAACUUCAUGUUUCUGAUUGUUUGACUGAUUUACAUCCAGGAGAUCACUUUGAGAUUCAGUGGAGGAAAUCUAAAGAAUUUCCCUAUGGUUGGUGGUAUGGUGUUGUUGGUCACUUGGAAUCAUGUGAUGGAAACAAGCUUUAUUGCCAAUGUCAUCUUAGUGAGAGAGUGAUAUUGGAGUUCAAGCAGUACAAGAUAGGGUCAAGAUGGAGGAAAGCGAUUAUAAACCGAAAGGACCAUCGAGAAGUAGGCAAUGAAACAGAUGGGUUCGAUGCAGGAAUAAGGAAACUUUACAGUGACAGAGAGAUAAUGACGUGGAAGGGGCUUUGGCCAGCUCAGCAGCUAGAUUAACAUACACAUACACAUACACAAAUGGUGUUGGAUCAAUGAACAAAACCUCCAUUUGUAACAUCAAAGCAAGUAGUUUAAACUUUAAGGUUACCAUAAUAGGAAACAAUGACCUCAUGAUUACAUGGCUCCAAAAUGAAGCCGAUGAGUGUCGAGUAUUGUAUAAUUAUUGUGCUUAAAAGGUUCAACAAGAUGA